GCCAAAAAAAAAACCAGAAAACUAUCUGAAACCCUAAAUUCCUCAAGAGAAAAAGAAGCAUGCUUUCCUUCGCGGCGACCAGUCAAACCCAUUUCUUCUUCCUGCAGAAACCCUCAAAAGUUCGCAAUCCGAGCCGGCCGUCGACCGCCGUGCGAUCGUCUUCCAGCGUCACGGAAGAGCGGGGCAAGACGACGCCGUUUCCGGGCGAAGAAGCGUUGGGUGCUAAACAAAUUCCGGAUUUGAAGGCGGCGAAGAGAGUGGUGUUGGUGAGGCACGGGCAGAGCACGUGGAAUGCGGAGGGUCGGAUUCAGGGAAGCUCCGAUUUCGCUGUUCUGACCCAGAAAGGGGAGGCUCAGGCCGAGACUUCUCGCCAGAUGCUUAUUGAUGACUCCUUCGAUGUCUGCUUUUCAAGCCCACUGCAGCGUUCAAAGAGAACGGCUGAGAUAAUAUGGGAUGCCCGCAAGGAGGAGAUCCUUACUGAAUUUGACCUCAGGGAAAUCGACCUUUAUUCAUUCCAAGGUCUCCUUAAGAACGAGGGAAAAGCAAAAUACGGUGCAGCUUAUCGUCAGUGGCAAAUUGAUGCCCCGAAUUUUAAUAUUGAUGGUCACUAUCCAGUGAGAGAGCUAUGGGCACGCGCUAAAAGCUGCUGGGAGAAAAUUUUGUUGCACGAAAGCAAGUCCAUUCUCGUGGUCGCUCACAAUGCUGUUAAUCAGGCUCUUGUUGCCACAGCUAUAGGAUUAGGCACCGAGUACUUCAGGAUUCUACUUCAGAGCAACUGUGGGGUUAGUGUACUGGAUUUCACCCCACAACCCGAGGGAGGAACCCCAAAUAUAUGUCUUAAUCGUCUAAAUCAGACCCCAGGUUCACCUGUAGCAACAGGCGGUUCGGGAGGCAGAAAAACCAGUAAGCGGAUUAUACUCGUUUGCCAUGGAGUCUCCGAGAGCGAUUUAAAGAGUAGCAUUCCUUACUGUGGGGAUGGCCCGAUGAACAUGCUAGGGGUUAUACAGGCUCAAAAAACUGCAGAGCUGCUCCUCGAUGUGAAAGUGAACACCAUAGUCAGUGGCAAUAAAAUGGCAUCAGUCGAAACAGCCAACUCCAUCUCCCGAGUUCAAGAGGCUGCUGAUUGCUUGGGCGCCGACUGUGUGCCACGCUAUGUAGAAACGAAACAAAUAGACGACCUCGAUGUUGAAACCAUUCUCAAGCAGUCCAAGAAGGACCCCUCGGGCUUACAGAAUGUUCAGUCGGGCUGGCUGAACAGACUGGAAAACGAGACAACAUCCUCCCUGUGGGAUCAAUCACAGGCGGCCUGGAAACUCUUGCUGCAGGAGCUCUCACACGGGGGCGAAGAAGACAGCGUUGUGGUCGCAGUCGGGCACCCGGCAGCCCACAUCGCGAUGAUGGGGCACUGCUUAAACUUGACAAAGGAAUGGAUGGGAUCAUUUCACCUGGAUGCAGGCAGCAUCAGCGUCGUCGAUUUCCCCGAUGGAGCCUCGGGUAGGGGCGUAAUUCGCUGCAUAAACUACACCGCUCAUCUGGGGAGAUGGUCAAUCCCCAUCACCAGAUCAACACUGGAUGAUGAAGAGUUCUGAUUAUUGUUGCCAUAUCCUUGAUGGCAUCAAAAAAAGUUAGAUAAAACAUGUGUUAAACACUUAAACAUUAAUUAAUUAAAUGGUACCAUAAUUGUUAAUUAAGUUGCCUAA